AUCUCUCUCUGCUUGGCCCUCCACGGCAUACUUGGCAAUCCGCUUUGUAUGCCUCAAAUGUGCUGUGAACAGAAGCUGCUGAUCUCUUGGUCUGGCGCUUCCCACCGUUGGCGCCCAGACUUGACUUGUUCACACAUUCGUGUUGUCUUGCGGCCAAAUAAGGCAGCUGGAGAGUACAGGGUCUCUGAUCUGACGAGUAUUUAAUGCUCCAGCUUCUCUACAGCGAGCCAGGUCGCACGGAUAGACCUCAUCAUGUCGCCGGGCAAACCUCUUGACAUUGCAGACGCCACCACUGCUGACACCCCUGCUUUAGUUGACACUUCGAAUGACCAGACUGUCCUCGGAAAACAGGACCCGCACUUCUCGACAGCUGAGGAGCUAACCGGACCCAAUGGCGAACAGUAUCCCACAAAUGAGGACUGGGCUACUCUGCGACGCGUCUAUGGAAAAGUCAAUUGGAUGAUCUAUGUCAUUGGUGUUGUCGAGAUGUGCGAGAGGUUUGCUUAUUAUGGAACCACAGCCGUUUUCGUCAACUUCAUUCAGCAAGACCUCCCUACAGAAGGUCCAUUCCCCUCAGCGGGUGCCGCAGGCACUAAUGCUCAGGCUGGUGCUUUGGGAAUGGGUCAGCAGGCUUCCACUGGACUUGUCCAGUUCAAUUCGUUCUUCUCAUACGUCAUGCCUAUGGUUGGUGGCUGGCUUGCCGACGAAUACUGGGGAAAAUUUAAGACUAUCUACGUGGCUAUUUUGCUGGCUACAGCUGGACACAUGCUGAUCAUCAUUGCUGCCAUCCCACAAGUCAUCGCAAGCCCCAAUGGUUCAUUGGCAUCAUUCAUCCUCGGCCUCAUCCUUUUUGGGAGUGGAGUGGGCUUCUUCAAAUGCUGCAUCUCACCACUUGUGGCUGAACAAUACGAAUACAGUCACCCAAAGGCUUACAUUCGUACCGAACCGAGCGGCGAACGGGUGAUAGUCGAUCCUGGUAUCACUAUCUCGCGCGUGUAUAUGCGGUAUUAUCUGCUCAUUAACAUCGGUGCUUUGACUGGUCAGAUAUCCAUGGUCUAUGCGGAAAAGUAUGUUGGCUUCUGGCUAUCUUACCUGCUGCCCACAAUUCUCUUUAUUUUCUGUCCUAUCUUGAUGGUCAGCCUGAGCAAGCACUACGUCAAGAAACCUCCACAAGGUGACGUCCUCGUAAAGGCUGUAAAGUUAUACGGCUUUGCGAUGCACGGAAGAUGGUCACUAAACCCUGUUCGUACCUGGACGAACUUGGCUUCUCCUGAUCUGUGGGAUAGCGCCAAACCAAGCAGUCUUACGAACAAACCCGACUGGAUGACAUUCGAUGAUGCAUGGGUCGACGAAGUCCGUCGAGGUAUUAAAGCCUGCCAAGUGUUUUUAUGGUUGCCCAUAUUUUGGCUACCAUAUGGACAGAUGACGACUAACCUAGUCUCUCAAGCAGCCACGAUGGAGCUGAAUGGCGUGCCGAACGAUGUCAUACACAAUCUAAACCCCUUCACACUCAUCAUUUUCAUACCCAUCUUCGACAAAUUCUUCUACCCACAGCUCGCGCGAAUGGGCAUUAACUUCACCCCGCUAAAGAAAAUUCAAGCCGGCUUCGUCUGCGCGAUGCUCAGCAUGAUCGUCGCAGCGCUCAUUCAACAUUUCAUUUACGAGAAAUCGCCUUGCGGCAAGUAUGCAAGCUCAUGUGACGAGUUGGGUCCACCUGACCUCACUGUAUGGGUGCAGGCGCCAGCUUACCUGCUCAUUGCCUUCUCAGAGAUUUUCGCCUCCAUCACAGGUCUCGAGUACGCUUACACCAAGGCGCCGAAGAACAUGCGCUCCCUCGUCACUGGUGUGUUCUGGUUCACGCAUGCGUUUUCAUCGGCGAUUGCUCAGGCUUUCGUCCCUUUGGCCACAGACCCUUUGUUAGUGUGGUUGUAUGUUGUCAUCGCAAUCCUCACCUUUUUUGGAUGGAUUGCGUUUUGGUGGACCUUCAAAACUCUUGACAAAGAGAAUGACGCUCUUGACAAGCUUCCCGAGGGGGGUUACCUUUCGAACUCAGAAGCGCUUGCAGCGAAGACAGAAUCAGUGGAAAGGGCAUGAGCUUGAAUUUAGUUUUUGGGUUUGGAGGACAUAGGGAUGGAACGAUACAUAGUGGGCAGCAAUAGGUACUAAUCAGAU